AAUCACUGCGCAAAGACCUCGCAGUGCAUCCCGGGACCUCCGCUGGGUUCUUUGUCCCUCACGCCCUGGUAGUUCCCGCCCCUGGGCCUGCGGGCUGUGCCUCUGCAUUCGAGCGGUUGUCGGGAGGAAGGGCCUGUGGUUUAUUUGACCUGGGCCUCGCGGCAUUUCCCUGGGUCUCCCCAGCCUGUGGGGCCCUGAGUGGGGGUCGGCACUAGGAAGGGACUGUUCCUGAAUCUUUUCUGAGACAAAGGCGGGAGAGUUUGGCCUUUUCAACAUUUCAAAGUUGGCCUUGGUCUUACAGCUUGUGGGUGUGGUGGACUCAGGGAAUAGCUUUUACCUAUGAUGGUGGAUUCUCAAGAUGCUGAUGUGAUUCCUCCACACAGUACUGAUGAGAAAGUGACCCAGAGCUGGAGGAAGAAGAGGAGGAAAUGGCAGCUUCUCAGGGACUUCUGACAUUUGAGGAUGUGGCCAUCGAUUUCUCUCCAGAGGAGUGGGAAUGUCUGGACCUCGGUCAACGGCACCUGUACAGAGAUGUGAUGUUAGAGAUCUGUAGGCACCUGGUCUCCUUGGAGUAUGUUAUCUCUAAGCCAGACCUGGUUCGCCUGUUGGAGCAAAAGACAGAUCCCUGGGAUAUGAAGGGAAUGGAGACAGUAGCCAUACAGCCAGCUCUGUCUUCUCAUGACACCCAGGGUUUGAUGCCACCAAACCCAGGCAUGGAACUUUUCUUACCAACAAUGCUGCUGGGAAAAUAUGAAAGCUCUGCUGUUGGCACUUUUGAUUUAAUUAGAGGCAGUGAAGGUAAGGGGGCAUGUGAAAGGCGGGAAGGUUGUUAUGAUGCACAUGCUCCUCACGGGGCUUUUAUCCAUAAGGAAAACAUUGCUGCUAAAAGAGAUCAAGGAUCUAAAUCAAACUGUGAGAAACUCCACUUUAAGUCAGUACCAUUGGCAGAAAAAUAUAUUUUUGUAAGCAAAGAUCCAUGUUAUUUAUUGAAACAUAGAUCUUCUCUGAAAGUAAAUUUGGAAAAUCAGGAUCAUCCUAGUACAAAUGAUGAUGCAAAACAUGAAGGUAUGCUUGGACGAAACAUUCAUUCAAACAUUUAUGAACACCAGAGGUUUCAAAAUGGAGGGCAACCCCCCCAAAGUGAUCAAAUCGGGAGAUCUAAUAGCAAGGGUUCAUCAAUCUUCAACCAACAAAUAUUUCCUCAUUGUUCUGACAACCCUAAUGUUGACACUAAUGGGGAGGUCUUAUUCCAACCAUCAUCAAUCAAUGUGUGUGAUAAUACAGUUAAUUUCGAUCAACAUGCCAUGUGUACUAAAGUGAGCAAGGCCUUCAGCAAGAGCUGUCUAUUCAGUAAUUAUAAGAGUAUACACACUGGAAGAAGAAGUGAUGCCUGUGUUGAAUCUCAGACUAACUUUGACCCAGACUCAAAUCUCAUGAAACAUCAGGGAACUCAAUUUUCAGAGAAGCAGUCAAUGAGAAAUCAACAUAGGAAUGUCAUUUCUCAAGGCUCAGAUCUCACAACAUUUCAGAGAAUUUGUAUUGGAGAGAAAGCUUGCCAUUUUCGUGAGUGCAGCCAAGUUUUUAGCCAGGCUUCAAGACUUACUCAACAUCAGCAUCAUCCUACCAGGAAGGAAGGAUGCAGGUGUGAAGAAUGUGCAAAAGUCUGUAAUCAGUCAUUAAAUCUGGGAAGAGAAAGGAAAAAGCAUACUGGAGGGAAACCUGACAAAUGUGAGGAAUCUACAUCAUAUUCAGCCUUUACUAGACACCGUCUAAUUCAUACUGCAGAGAAGCCUCACAAAUGCACAGAAUGUGGCAAAGCCUUUAGACGGCGUGCAUGUCUUUCUGAGCAUCAGAGAAUUCAUACUGGAGAGAAGCCUUACAAAUGUACAGAAUGUGGGAAACCCUUUAGAUGCCGUUCAUAUCUUUCUGAGCAUCAGAGAAUUCAUACUGCAGAGAAGACUUACAAAUGUACAGACUGUGGCAAAGCCUUUCGUUGGCAUUCAUCACUUGCUCAGCAUAAGAGCUCUCAUAAUCGAGAGAAGGCUUACAAAUGUACAGAAUGUGGCAAAGGCUUUAAUCGGCAUUCAUCUCUUACUGAGCAUCUGAGAUCUCAUACUGGAGAAAAGCCUUACAAAUGUAAAGAAUGUGGCAAAGGCUUUAAUCGGCAUUCAUCUCUUACUGAGCAUCUGAGAUCUCAUACUGGAGAGAAGCCUUACAAAUGUACAGAAUGUGGCAAUGCCUUUCAUUGUCGUUCUCAUCUUACUCAGCAUCUAGUUUCUCAUACUGGAGGGAAGCCUUACAAAUGUACAGAAUGUGGCAGAGCCUUUCAUUGGCGUUCUCAUCUUACUGAGCAUCUGAGAUCACAUACUGGAGAGAAGCCUUACAAAUGUACAGAAUGUGGCAAGGCCUUUAAUAGGCAAUCUCAUGUUACUGAGCAUCUGAGAUCUCAUACUGGAGAGAAGCCUCACAAAUGUACAGAAUGUGGCAAAGCCUUUCGUUGUCAUUCUCAUGUUACUGAGCAUCUGAGAUCUCAUACUGGAGAGAAGCCUUACAAAUGUACAGAAUGUGGCAAAGCCUUUCAUCGGCAAUCUAAUCUUACUGAGCAUCUGAGAUCUCAUACUGGAGAGAAGCCAUACAAAUGUAAAGAAUGUGGUAAAGCCUUUCAUUGUCAUUCUCAUCUUACUGAUCAUCAGAGCUCUCAUACUGGAGAGAAGCGUCACAAAUGUACAGAAUGUGGCAAAGCCUUUAAUUGGCAUUCAUCUCUUACUCAGCAUCUGAGUUCUCAUACUGGCGAGAAGCCUCACAAAUGUAAGGACUGUGGCAAAGCCUUUACUUGGUAUUCAUCUCUUACUCGGCAUCUGAGUUCCCAUGCUGAAGAGAAGCCUUACAAAUGUACAGAAUGUAGCAAAGCCUUUCAUCGGCAAUAUCAUCUUACUGAGCAUUUGAGAUCUCAUACUGGAGAGAAGCCAUACAAAUGUACAGAAUGUGGCAAAACCUUUCAUUGGUGUUCUCAACUUACUGAGCAUCUGAGAUCUCAUACUGGAGAGAAGCCAUACACAUGUACAGAAUGUGGCAAAGCCUUUCAUUGGCAUUCAUCUCUUACUCAACAUCUGAGAUCUCAUACUGGAGAGAGGCUGUACAAAUGUACAGAAUGUGGCAAAGCCUUUCAUUGGCAUUCAUCUCUUAGUCAACAUCUGAGAUCUCAUACUGGAGGGAAAUCUCACAAAUGUUCAGAAUGUGGCAAAGCGUUCCACUGUCAUUCACAUCUCACUCAGCAUCUGCGUUCUCAUACUGGAGAGAAGCCGUACAAAUGUACAAAAUGUGGCAAAGGCUUUAAUCAGCAUUCAUCACUUACACGGCAUCAGAGAAUUCAUACUGGAGAGAAGCCUUACAUAUGUACAGAAUGUGGCAAAGCCUUUCGUUGGCAUUCAUCUCUUACUCAGCAUCUGAGAUCUCAUACUGGAGCGAAGCCUUUCAAAUGUACAGAAUGUGGCAAAGCCUUUCGUUGGCAUUCAUCUCUUACUCGGCAUCAGAGAUCUCAUUCUGGAGAGAAAUCUUAAAAAUGUACAGAAUGUGACAAAGCCUUUAGUCAGCUGUCAGGGUUUUAUCAGCACUGGUGACCUCACACUGGAGAGAAGCCUUACAAAAUGUACAGACUGUGACAAAAAUUUUAAGUGGCAUGCAAGCUUGAUUCAACAUCAGGGAAUCCAUACUGGGUAAAAACCAUACAGAUGUAAUUAAUGUGGCCAAGCCUUUACCCUUUUGCCUUUUUUUUUUUUUUUUUUAAGGGCCACACCUGACAUAUGGGGGUUCCCAGGCUAGGGGUCUAAUCAGAGCUGUAUCCACCAGCCUACACCACAGGGACAGCAACGCAGGAUCCUAGCCAAGUCUGCAACCUACAACGCAGCUCACAGCAACACUGGAUCCUUAACCCACUGAGCGAGGUCAGGGAUCAAAUGUGUAACCUCAUGCUUCCUUGUCAGUUUUGUUGACCACUGAGCCAUGACGGGAACUCCUGGCCAAGCCUUUACCUAUCACUCAUAUCUCAUCAACAUCAGAGAGUUCAUAGUACAAGGAAGCUUGACAAGUAUAAAAAAUAGGACAGAUCCUAUAAAGAGCUUCAGCACUUUAUAGACAUCAGGAAAUACAUACUGGGGAAAAACUUCACAGAUUUGGAGAAUGUGACAAAGCCCUUCAUCAGAGUUUUCACCUGUCUUAACAUCAGAAAAUGUGCAAUGGAGGGAAAUCUUGCCAGUGUAAUAUGUGAUAAAGGAUGUUUCUACUAAAUACACACUUUAGAGAACACCAGAGUGUUCUUACAGGAAAGAAACAUUAAUGAUGUGAAAAUUAUAAGGGAGUGUUUGUUGAAAAUCAACUCUAACUCCCUAUAGGGAAUGCAUAGCAGAAUGAAUUCAGUCAAUAGCUCUUUGGAAAUUGCUCUAACUCAGAACUUAAACAAAUAAGCCACAUGGAGUUCCCAUCGUGGCUCAGUGGUUAAUGAAUCUGAUUUGGAACCAUGAGGUUGCAGGUUCAAUCCCUGGCCUUGCUCAGUGAGUUAAUGUUCCAGUGUUGCUGUGAGCUGUGGUGUAGGUUGCAGGCACAGCUCGGAUCCUGUGUUGCUGUGGCUCUGGCGUAGGCCAGUGGCUACAGCUCCGAUUGGACCCCUAGCCUUGGAGUCUCCAUAUGCCAUGGGAGUGGCCCAAGAAAUGGCAAAAAGACAAAAAUAAAUAAAUAAGCCACAGAGGAAACACUAAAAACAUCAGUAUGGACAAGAGGAUUCAGGGGAGGAAUGUUUGGGCUGGUGUUAUUCUCAUCAGUGUAUCUCUAUGGACAUUAUCUGGGUUUAUUAGACAAAAAAAAAAUUCUUGUAAUUCAACUCUCAAAUUACUAAAUGCUGUGCGUUUUAUUCCUAGUAUGUAUGUGAAUUUUGUUUCUCAUGGUUGUGGCUUCAAAGACAAGAGGAGCCCUUCCACAUUAGGUGGGGAAUAUUUCUAUCUAAUACUCCAUGGAAGUUUAAGGAUCCUGUCAUAUAAAUGUGCAGGAAAACCUAAAUAGAGAUGGUAUGUACGAUUGAUUUUAAAUCACCAUUUUUUAGUGUUUUGGAAUUAUGUAACAAGAUCACUCCACAAUGGAAAUAUCCGUUCCAACUGCUUUUUCAUGUUAAAAAGAUGUCAGUUCAUUCAAAAUCUGAUGUAUCUUCAUCAAAGCAGUAGUACUCAUGAAUCUCUGUUGAUAUGUUUGAAAUAAAGACGAUGUCACAAUUAUGCAAGAAAAAUAGAGUUACCUCUUUGCUUACGAGUUAUAAAACUAAUGUACCUCCGUGUUCACUAAAGAAUUCGCCUCUGUUGUGUAAACCCUAGAAAUCAAAAUCCUUAGAGCAAUGUAUUUGAAGAAUAAGAAUGCUUCUGAUUUCUAUUAUUUUGUAUUUUGAUCUAGGAUCAUACAGUGCAUUGUGAGGUUUCCUGUACAUUAUUUGUAAAAUCAGUAUAUUUUAUUUAAUAAAAUGGAAUGGUUUUUUUUAA